AUGCAAUAUAAUAAUUUAUCGAUAUUUACUACAAUAAUAAUUCUUCUUAUAUCGAAAAGUAUUCGAGGAGUUGAUUGGAUAAAUUAUGAUUUAUCAUCUUCGAAUUUGGAUACAAUAUAUGAUGAUGAUAAUGAUGAUUCUAAUCAAUAUAUAAGUGCAUUAACACGUGAUGAUGAACAAGAAAUCCAUAGUCCAGUUAUAACCGGUUAUAAAUAUGUGUCAGGUGGAGCAGGUGAAGGUCAACAACAUUUAAGUCCAAGUGGUGAAAUUUCGAAUCGCCCUGAAGUUAAAACAGAUGAAGAAUUAAAAUCCUAUUGUCAUCCACCGAAUCCUUGUCCCAUAGGCUUUGAAAGUGAUGAUUGUGAUUCAUCACCAAUGAUAUUAUUUACUGCUGAUUACAGUCGAUUAUAUCAAUCAGAACAAAAGUGUCAAUGUGACACAGAUCAUGAUAAAUGUUCAACGAAGAAUAUUUUUAAUGUUGAUAAAUCAAAUGAUAGUUUAAAACGAUCACGACGUGUUGGACGAGAUGUUCAUUCGACUGAACAAACAAAAAAUACAUCCAAAGAUCGUAAUUUAUUUCAUAAAGGGCAAACAUUACGUUUCCAUGUUGCUAAAAAAUCGCCAAACAGUAUAACGAUUUAA